AUGGACCCGCAGCUGUGUUUUGUUUAUGGAACGGCCUGGAAGAAAGUGGCUACGGCGGACCUUGUUCACCAGGCCAUUCGAGCAGGGUUUCGAAUUAUUGAUAUGGCAGCACAACCGAGACACUAUCGGGAGGAUUUGGUAGGAGAAGGUAUGCGGGCCGCAAUAAUAGCUGGAGACGUUCAGAGGUCUGAUUUACUAAUUCAAACAAAAUUCACGUGGACUUCUGGCCAGGAUCACAAAACCAUUCCCUUCAAUCCCGACGCAAGCAUUCCUCUACAAGUAAGGCAAUCGGUCGCCUCCUCCUUGUACAAUCUCCGAUCUCGUGAUAACCCGGAAUCCGUUAAUGAGGCUUAUAUUGAUUGUCUUCUACUUCAUUUUCCUCUUCCUACGCUAAAUCAGACUUUGCAAGUAUGGACAGCCUUACAAAAAUUUGUACCUUCAAAAAUUCGAACUUUGGGAAUAUGCAAUACGUCCCUCCCAGUGUUGCAAGCUUUAUUCCGAGCGAAAUCGGUGACACUCAAGCCUUCGGUCGUGCAGAAUCGAUUUCACGCGGAAACAUCCUAUGACUGGGAUAUCAGGGAGUUUUGCGCAAAGGAAAACGUUAUAUAUCAAGGAUUUGGAGUUCUCAAGUCAAACAAAUGGCUUCUAUCUACUCAGCCUGUCAUUAAGCUUGCUGAAGAAAUCAACACCACUCUCGAGAUCGCGCUUUUCCUUCUUAUCUCAGAAUACCCGAAUUUUCAGAUACUGAACGGCACUGGAGAUGAAAACAGAAUGGAGACCGAUUUGAAGCUUCUACAACAAUUCAAGGAAUGGAAAGUGAUAUCCCAUAAUAGUGACAUGACAAGCCUAUUGCAUCACCAAUUUAGCGCCGUUUUGAUGGCAGGCCACUGA